AGAGUGCAUCUUGACCCCUCUGUAGGUAGGCUGCCUUGUACAGUGUACACAGUGCGACAUAUGCAACACCACAAGCUCACUCAACACCAAGACAUAAAAUACGCAACACUUCAUUCAACACCCUAGAAUUAAUUCCUAUCCAGUUCUGCUGUUAGCGCUACAUAUCUCUAUCAUAAAAUGCUAUCUCAUGUCAUAAAUACCUGUCCGUUCCGUGCACCAAAUAGACGCCCCCGGACCUGCCUUUACUUAUACACUUUCGUGAAUUGUAACAUGCCAGCUACAAUAUACAUAAUUUUUUUUUCUUUUAACAUGACCAGUCCCAUCAACCUCCCAUUGAAUGUCUUGCUCCAGCAAGCAUCACAUACCAUCACAUCCUUCUCUCUCUCUUCUCGACCCCCAUGGGCCCGCCACAUCGUCCCAGCCAAGUUCCUUCAUUAAAGCCCAUUCUGCGUCAGCGCGCAGAGCAUCCCAGUAUCCUCUAUCGGGCAAUCCAGACCACAUUCAGCUUCUCCUUUGCCAAAAAUCCUCUCCGCCACCAAAAAAGUCCAUCCAUCUGUGAAACGGCAGCAAAAAAAGAGCCGAGCUUGUAAAUAACGCCUCCUGUUAUGUAAUGCGGGUUCAAAAUGCCAAACCAUGCCGGCAGUGGUACCAAACAAAAUCCACGUGCUGUUUCGUUAUAGCCGAGUGAAAGAUAAGUAAAGAACCCUGAAAGAAAGAACAAGAAAAAGACCAAAAAA